UCCCCGCCCACUGGUCCCACCUCAAAUGUACACCGGGUAGUCCUUCGUUUUUUUUAGUUCCCACAGCCGGAGCGUUUUCCUGUCUCUACGACAUUAAACUCAAUUCUCCUCAGUUUCAUUUGAAGGACUCUGAUUCAACAUCGACUCAUGGCGGCGAACACAGGCACCUCCCUCGUGCUGUCCAGUCUGCUGUCAGUGCUGGUGUUUGCCGGGAUGCAGAUGUUCAGUAAACAGCUGGGAUCUACGGAGUGGCUCACCAUCCUGGGAGGUUUCCUGGGCUCGGUCCUCUUCAUCUGUUCCCUCACUGCCUUUAGUAAUCUGGAAAACCUGAUUUUUGGGAAAGGAUUCCAAGCCAAGAUUUUCCCAGAGAUUCUGGUUUGCAUGUGCCUGUCACUGUUUGCCUCUGGUCUGGUUCAUCGUGUCUGUGUCACCACAUGCCUCAUCUUCUCCCUCUUCGCCCUGUACUACAUCAACAAAAUAUCUGCCGCUCUUUACCAAGCAGCUGCUCCUGCAGUCACACCGGCCAAGGCUGCCAGCAAGAGCAAGAGGAAGAACUAAUGACCCUGUGGGAUGGCACUGGAAGUUCACCAGGCAAUAUUGUCCAGAUGCUGAUGGACAGUGAAACACAACUGUGUAUAUUUUGUCAGAAUAAUUUCUCCAAUCCACGACCCUCUUUCUAAAAUCGGCUUAUUUCAGUGAGUGCAAAUUUGUAACCGUUACGACAUAGUUUUUGUUUUACAGUGAUCUCAAAUUUGAAUUGUUCUUGGUACACUAAGGUGAAUGAACAGCUAUCUACAUUCCAUUGAAGACCUUUUCCUCAGCACUGUUUUUACACUGGUAACAAUGAGAUUCAUCAGCCCAACCAUGUUAUUUGUAUAUUCAUCAGCACAUCAAGUUACUUUUUUGUUUAAUUCAUUUUGUAAUUAAACUCUGUAAAAGAC